GUGGGGACUAACAAUUAGGGAAAACACGGACAUUCGGUUUUAAAGUUUAUGUUUUCUUUAAAAUCUUGAUUGAAGGAAAAACAAACAAAACAGUAUCUAAAACACAAACAGCAGAUAACGACAAUAAUACAACAUAAACUUAUUCUGUGGUACCGGGUCAAAGUACCCGGACAGCAGAUCAACCCUGCUGAUAAAAGUGAAGUGCACUUCAAGUUCUGGAAUGCAGACACAACGUCUUUUAUAAAAGCCUCUUUUCUCCCCUGCAGAUCAUGGUUCAGCUUUGAGACAUGGCUGAUUUUCUGGCAGACCUCUGCCACACUGACCCCCUCGACCCUUUGCCAGUUUGGGAAAAUGGCACCUUUGGACUGUGCUUUAACCAGUUGGUUCUGAAUGCAUUGCCACACGCUCUGCUUGCUGUCUCCAGUGCGUGGUACCUAAGUACCCCAAGAUGGAACAGGCGUUUGGGCUUUACAUCGUGUGGCUGGAGCUGCAGGGCUGCUGCAUCGUUCCUUCUGUCACUGCUCUUCCUUGUAGACGUCGGCGUGCUUCCCUUCCUUGGCGACCCCUCCCUCUAUCUGGUAGUGCUGGCUGAUGGAGUUUCUGCACUGGCAUGGAUCAUCCACGGGGUGGCGCUGGUGAAGCUUCAGUGGUCGGUCUAUGGAAUAACUAGGGGCCCGUCCACACUGCUGGUUCUAGCCCUCUUGCCUGUCGUUACUCUGAUCAUCACCUUAGUAUCGUACUGCCAGGAUAGCAGCUACCUUGAUCCCACGCAGCCUUUGCGGCUCUUGCGCCUGGUUCUGUUGUCGGCCCAGCUGUUUCUUCUGCUGAUCUACCUGGUUGCGUUUGCGGUUCCAUGGCAUGUAGAAGACCAUUCUCUUUCUAUCAACGACUCGGAUAGCGCACCGUUGUUGCCGGGAUCAAGCUUCUUGGGGCCGGAUGGGCAGAUCAUCGCAGAGGAUGGAAGCAGUUGGGUCUCUCGGCUCUUCUACUUGUGGUUGAACCCCUUGAUGAAAAGGGGCCAGCAGCAGGAGCUGAACAAGCCCACCGACGUCUACCUCCUCCCUAGGAAGCUCCGUACCAGAGUCAUCCGGGACCACUUUGACCGCUGCUGGGAGACGUGCAGGCAGGAAAGAGUGGAGAGCGAGGCAGCACGUCUGAACAAGAGGCUACAUGUUGCUGGGAGAAACAUCCAGAACGGGUUGUGGAGCAGGCCAGACCAACUGGAGGAUGAACGGGUAGAACACGGGACAGACGCUGAAGCCGUUGAAGAACCGGAGAUCCAGCUCCUGUGGGUCCUGCACAAGGCGUUUGGUUUGAGGUACUAUUUGCUGGGUUUGCUGAAGUUGGCUGGGAGCAUGCUGGGAUUCACGGGGCCACUCUUGCUAAACGAGCUUGUGGGUUUCAUGGAGUCCGGCAGUGCACCCAUUAGCCGCGGGGUGUGGUGCGCCUUGUGGCUCUUUGCCAGCACCUUCGUGGGGGCCGUCCUCCGGAACUGGUUCACCUUCGAAGUUCUGAAGGUCUCCCUGUCAGUCCGUGCCUCUGUCAUCUCCGCCAUCUACCACAAGGCCUUGCAGGUCAGUAGCACCACCCUGGCACGCUUCAGCCUGGGUGAGGUGGUCAACUUCAUGAGCACGGACACCGACCGUCUGAUCAACUUCUUCCCCAGCUUCCACGAGUUGUGGAGCCUGCCCGUCCAGUUCGCCAUCACUCUGUACCUGCUCUACCUGCAGGUGGGCGUGGCGUUCCUGGGCGGGCUGGCCCUGGCACUGCUGCUGGUGCCUCUCAACAAGGUCAUCGCCAGCCGCAUCAUGGAGAACAACAAGCACAUGCUCAGGCACAAGGAUGCCCGUGUCAAGCUGAUGACUGAGAUCCUGUUUGGCAUGCGUGUGAUAAAGUUCUACACAUGGGAGAAGUACUUUCAUAAGAAGAUCUCUGCCUGCAGGAGGGAGGAGCUGGCGAGGCUGAAGACCAUAAAAUACCUGGAUGCUGUCUGUGUUUACACCUGGGCUGCACUGCCUGUAGUCAUCUCUAUCCUCACUUUCAUCACAUAUGUACUGCUUGGCCACGAGUUGACUGCAGCCAAGGUUUUCACUGCCCUGGCACUGGUUGGCAUGCUGAUCCUGCCCCUCAAUAACUUCCCCUGGGUUGUGAACGGGACAUUAGAGGCCAAGGUGUCUCUGGAUCGAAUCCAGCGCUUCCUCCAGCUAUCGGACCAAGAUUUAAACUCCUAUUACAGCCUUGUGGCUCCUGAGGAUCCGCAGACAACCAUUGAGAUGAAGAGGGCCACCUUCUCCUGGGCUGCUCAAGAAGCCAGUGAUCCCCCGGAGACCUUCUCAGGGGACUGCCGUGCGAAGCGGAGUCUGCAGCUCUGCAGCCUGAACCUCCUCAUCAAGAAGGGGGCGCUGGUGGCUGUUGUUGGCAAGGUGGGUUGUGGGAAGAGCUCCCUGCUUGCAGCCAUUACAGGAGAACUCAACAGGUGUGAGGGGGUAGUGUAUGUGCAGGGGCGAGACCAGGGAUUCGGCCUGGCCAUGCAGGAGCCCUGGAUCCAGCAUGCCACUGUCCAGGAAAACAUCCUCUUCGGCAAGCACUACAACGCCCGCUUCUACCAGGCUGUCAUUGAGGCCUGUGCACUCACUGAUGACCUGAAAAUGUUACCAUCAGGGGACCAGACUGAAGUUGGUGAAAAUGGAGUGACUCUCAGUGGGGGACAGAAGGCUCGGCUGGCUCUGGCCAGAGCUGUUUAUAUGGAAAAGGACAUCUACCUUCUUGAUGAUCCACUGGCUGCUGUUGAUGCCGAUGUAGCCAAUCACCUCCUGGAGAAGUGCAUUCUGGGAAUCCUCAAGCACAAGACCACAAUCCUUUGUACCCACCGCAUUGAGUUCCUGGAAAAGGCAGAUGUCGUUGUUCUAAUGGAUGAUGGGAAAAUUGUCAAAACAGGUACCCCUGCCGAAAUUCUCCCUCUGGUUGAAGCCGUUCCCAAAGCCAGGAAGAAUAAUGAGAACAAAAAGGAAAAAGACAGUGUUCAGAGUGAGCAGGAGCUGGAGCAGCCCCCAGAGCAGACCCCCAUAGUGGACAGCCUCAUUGAGGAGGAGCAGAAGCAGACGGGCGCCGUGGCGCUGAAGGUCUACAAUGCAUACUGGCUGGCAGUGGGCAGCUGCCUGGCUUUCUCCAUCCUCUUCUCUCUAUUACUCAUGCAAUCCUCCAAGAACAUCUCAGAGUGGUGGCUGUCCAACUGGAUAUCAAGUCUGAAGAAGCAGGACAACACCUCCAAGAGUGACCUCUCUUCUGCUGACCUUUCACCCCGGUUACUGCUUUUCUCUCCCGGAGGUCUAUUGUACCCCGUUACCCUUUCAGAAACAGACACCCUCACACACAACAGCACCUCGGACCUGAAAUUCUACCUCACCGUGUAUGGCUCCAUCGCAGCGGCAAAUUCCAUCUUCACAGCCGUCCGCGCGUUUCUCUUUGCUUACGGAGCCAUCUGUGCUGCAACAGCCAUUCACAAAAGACUGUUAGACCGAGUCCUGAAGGCGACUGUGACAUUCUUCGACACCACUCCGCUGGGCCGCAUCAUAAACCGCUUCUCUACGGAUGUGUGCAGCGUGGACGACACGUUGCCCUUCGUCCUCAACAUCCUGCUGGCCAACCUGUUCGGGCUGCUGGGCAUGCUGGUGGUGAUGAGCUACGGGCUGCCCUGGAUCCUGCUGGUCCUGGUGCCGCUGGGCGUCCUCUACUACUACAUCCAGCACUACUACCGGCACACCUCCCGAGAGCUCAAGCGCCUCUACAGCCUCACGCUCUCCCCCAUCUACACCCAGUUCUCAGAGACACUGACCGGGCUGAGCACCAUCCGGGCAAGCCGGGCCGCACCCAGGUUUGAGCUGGAGAACGAGAAUCGUCUGGAGAGCAACCAGCGGUGUCUGUUCGCCAGCAACUCUGCCAUGCAGUGGCUGGACAUGAGGCUGCAGAUGAUUGGAGUUGCCGUGGUUACCGCCAUUGCUGCGAUCGCGGUUAUCCAGCACCAGAUGAAAUCUGUCGAUCCAGGUCUGGUUGGCCUGGCUCUGUCGUACGCCCUGUCAGUCACCACCCUGCUCUCAGGACUCAUCUUCAGCUUCACGCAGACCGAGACUCAGCUGGUGAGUGUGGAGCGGACGGAGGAGUACUCCACAGACACCCCCAUCGAGCCGCAGGAGGGGCUUAUCCAGGUGGCCCCUGAGUGGCCUCAACAGGGGCUGAUCGAGUUCCAGGGGGCAGUGCUGGUGUACCGGCCCGGUCUCCCAAAUGCCUUGGAUGGGGUGGACCUGCUUAUCCAGCCUGGGGAGAAGGUGGGGAUCGUGGGUCGCACAGGCUCGGGGAAGUCCACCAUGUUCCUGGCGCUGUUUCGCAUGAUGGAGCUGAGCGAAGGGCAGAUCCUCAUUGAUAACAUUGCCACCCACAUGGUCGGGCUGCAAGAGCUCAGGUCAAAGCUGGCUAUCAUCCCUCAGGACCCCUUCCUGUUCAGCGGAACGGUCCGGGAGAACCUGGACCCCUGGGGCCGGCACUCUGAGGCUGUGCUGCUGGACGUGCUGGAGCAGUGCCACCUGAGAGAGGUCGUCGCACGCAUGGGUGGGCUGGGAGUAGGAGUCGGGGAGAAAGGGAAGAGCCUGUCUGUGGGGCAGAGGCAGCUGGUGUGCCUGGCCAGAGCACUGCUGACACAAGCCAAGGUUUUGUGUAUUGAUGAAGCUACAGCCAGCGUGGACCAGAAAACUGACAAAAUCCUCCAGCAAACCAUCCGGGAGAAAUUCAAAGACAAGACUGUCCUUACAAUCGCUCACAGGUUGAACACUAUCAUGGAUUCGGACAAGGUGCUGGUGAUGCAUGCUGGGAAGGUAGUGGAGUUUGACACCCCAAAGGUUCUGUGCCAGAGAGAGGAUUCUUUCUUCUACAAGUUGGUCCAUAGCAGGGUGGAGUGAGUUCUCAACAGAGGACUGGGACAUUCACAAGAACCCACUAACUGAAGAGUGGGCUAGCCAGCCGCAAAGGAUCGGUUCAGUGCUGGCAGGCUGUACUCUUCACUGCUGGGUGGUAAGGCUAUUAUAAUUGGAUAAAGCAGAGAAUGCUCCACAUCCAAGGAAGCUGACCCAGCUUGUGAACUCAAGGUCCUUUGGGUUAUUUACUCUGUUGUUAAUUGGGUUUUAAUCCCUUGUAAUAUUAUUUUACAGUCUGAUAGCAGAAUACUGUCACUCACUCAUUUACACUAGAUGUUAACCGAGGGCUUUUACACAGAUUAUUGUAAGAUGUAGUUGAUGAAGUAAACCGAGCCCUAAGUAACAGAUACAUGGAUCAUGUGCAGUGUAAUCAAGCCCAAGAAUAUACCCUCAGUUUGUUGAGAUGCAUUCGCUAGUCUGUGAAAUUGAUCUGGGCCGUGUGAGUGAAUUCGGUCAGAUGAAUCUGAACGGGAUAUUAUGAGAUACAUUAGUCAUGAUUUUUUUUUUUUCCUUUUUAAAAUUCCUUAGUUUUUUAAUCUGUACCAAUUGAAUUAAUAAUUAUAUACAGUAUAACUGGACUGGUCAAUCGUGUUUUCAUUGGAAUUACUGUGCAAAGCAACAUUACUUUUUAAAACUCUAAGUCUGGGUUGACAAGUGCAUAAAUACACAAAAAUAAAAGUGCACAAGGGCAAAAUUAAGGGAUUUAAACAAAAAAAAAACCAGUACA